CUUGUCCCUCGAAGAUUUCCUCUCUCUCCUUCCUCACCCUAUCACGCCUGUCUGAUUCUCCAUCCAUUUAUCACCAUUCGUACCUGGUUAUUCAAUCCAUACCUACAAUCAUGGCUGGAAUCUUUGCACGUCGCUCAGCAUUGCGGGCUGUCACCACCGCCCAGGGUUUCCGCGCAGCUCCCAGGGCAAGCCGUUCAGCCCAGCUGUUAGGACGGAGAUUGUAUUCCAGUGGGAAGAAUGACAAGGGCUAUGAGGACCAUGCUAGUAGUGAUUUGCCAUGGUUCCUAGGCUCUGUCGGAAUUAGCGGUCCAAUGAUCUACUGGCUGCUGCAAGCGGGUCCGGAGAAGAAGCCUCAUGAUGAUUCCCACGGCCAUGGCCACGGUGAUGAGCACAAGGACGAGUCCGAUGAGAAGGAGGCUGCUGCGGAUGUAGAGGAUAAGGAAGAGCCUGCUAAGAAGGGAAGUAGUGAGGAGAAGUCCGCGGAUGAGGCUGAGCAACCGUCCAAGGAGGAUAGCAAGUCGACAGAAUCUACCGAUGGAAAGGAGGAAGAUAAGGAGGGAAAGAAGGAGGAAAAGAAGGAGGAAAAGAAGGAGGAAAAGAAGGAUGACGAGAAGCCGGAGCAAAAGGAGUCUGCUGAGAAGAAGCCAGAGGACAGCAAACAGGACGAGCCCAAGGAGGAAAAGAAGAAGGAUUCCAAGAAGGAAGAAUCCUCUGAAGAACCCAAGAAGGAGGAAUCGUCACAAGAACCUAAGAAGGAGGAAUCGUCUGAAGACUCAAAGAAUGAUAAGUCCGACGCUGCCAAGCCAUCUGACAGUCAAGAAUCAUCUUCGAAGCAGGACUCGUCCAAGACGGAAGCCAACAAGCAGCCUGAGAGCGACGAGAACAAGGGUGGAAAAGAUGAGGCCGAUAAGGGGUCUUCUAAAAAAGAAAACUAA